AUGGGUGAGGAUGCCAACAAGUACUGCCCUCUAAAAGAUUGGACUCACAUAGAGCAGUGCAUCAGAAUUGCAAGUUGCCUCAUCGAGCCAGCGGUAGAGGCUGGUAAGCUUCCCAUUGCCUUCUUGGUGGCGAUCAUGGAGCAACUCGCCAGCUUUGACAUCAUUUGGAACAUGCUUACCGAAGCUUUGAUCAAGGAGUCAAACAUCAACCAGACAGCUCCCGGUCAAUUCCUGCCACCAAAAUACGUGUGCGACAUGUUCGAGAAGUUGGAUGCCACAAGCUUGGCUGUUCCGUCCAUGAUCCAGGAGAAUCAGGAGAAGAAGGAGAAGGACACUGCUGCGGUGCGUUCGGCCUUUUCAACGUCUGCAGCCUUGAACAAGGCCACCCGGGAGUCUCAUCAAAUUCUGAGUUCUUUGACAUCCUCAGACAAUGUGUCGUAUUCGGUUGUGAAGCGCUGGGAAGAAACUUGGUAUCCUGUAUGUGUGAGGAUGAAGUGUGACCACACGAACUACUGGGAUAUUGUUUUAGCCAGCUACAAGCAGACCCUGCUCUUCAUGAAAAGUGGAGCGCUCUCUCAUUUGAAGGCUGAGAUUAUCAACCGGGCUACUUUGCAACGGCGCUUCCAAAGUCAUCUCUCAGAACAUCCAGUGCUCAUGCAACUUUGGCGCCGCGAGGCGCAAGCUUCCGCUCUGGAGGCUGCGCAUGCCUAUGGCCUUGCUGGCAACAAGGCUGUGAAACGAGUUCUGAAAAAGUUUCUUGAAUCACCAGGCGGACUCCCGAAGAUGAUGAAGCUUGUCGACCGCGUGGAGUUUGAGAAAUGGCAGCGAACCAAAGCUGAAGCUGAUGCUGAAGCUCAUGGAGAAGCUACACCGUUGCGCCAGGUGUCCAACCAGUCUGCACAUCUCGCACUGUUGAGCACACGAAGUGAAGGGGUCUGGGAUUUCUUUGUGAACAUGGUGUCAUGUUUCGGGAAGUGGUCGCUGUGGUAUACUCAGGGCUACUACAAAGCUUUGGGCUCCUAUGGCUCGGUCUCCUUUGGCAUAAUCGGUGGCAGUGCAGGCGCCUUCGAAAGCUUGGUCAAGGAGCUGGUGACUCCUCAAGCUUUCGUCUCGGUUUGGGCUGCUAUUGGCGUUGGCUUGACUGUAUCAGGUGGUAACCUUCCGAGUGCUUGGGUUGGGCUCAGUGCAUCCAUUUCUGCGAGCCUUGGCUGCGCGAACAACAACUAUGGGGUCCCAAGUCGCGAUCAGCGUUGGAGCGAUGGCAGCAGGCAGGGAACCAAAUGUGCUUUGAACAAUCAUGCGAGAUUUCGAACACUGAUCGUCAUUGAUGGCGGUUGA